GGCAGACAUUGUCCAUUUUAUGUUUAAUUUUCUGAGAUAGGAUCAUUCCUUUUCUCUAUCUUCAACUCUUGUACCUUGUUUUGUAUUUCCUGUUGGGUUCUCUUAAAAUUUCAUAUUUCAUUGUGGAAUUACUUUCAUUUGCCUCUAUAUGUGUAUCUUCUGAUUCAAGAGCCACCUUUUCCACUUGUUUAAGCUUGAAUUCCCUUCUUCCGUUCGUCUCGAGUUUCCCGAUGAACCUCUUAAUCAUGUUGAUCUUAAUCAUCAGACUCUGGAGAGACUCUUCAGAUCUCAUCAGAUUUUUCAGCGGGCAUUGACAUGCAGCCAUGACGCACGUGAUACUCAACGUUUAUUUUGCCAAACGACUAGUUCAGUGUUACAUUAAAUGCUUUUUCAGGUGGCCUGCUUUGCGUAUGAUACUGCUCGUUACAAAUUUCAGAUUUUAUCCAAUUUCUAUCCAAUAAUAUGCUACAGCCAAUUAAGGCCAAUAUCCUUCACCUGCGCCUAAAUUCACGUUUGACAUAUCUUCCGUCUACCCACUCGCAAUUUUACUUAUAUGUUGCUUUUUGUUUUCAUCUUAAAUUUCAUAGUCCUUUCCCAAUAAUUUUCACUUUACCAAUCGUUAGCGCUGUGUCAUGUUAGCUCAUGAACAAUAAUGAAUUUUGUAGUUAUAUUUAGCUUUACGCUUAUCAUUAUUCUAAUCUUGUGGUUCAAGCACGUAUACAGUCGACUUAUCUUGCACAAGGUCAGUCGUGUAAAGCCGUCAACAAGACCAAGUGGUACAUUUUCGUGUUACUUCCGAAAAAGCUGGAAAUUCACUUUCGUCCUUUAUAAUCACUGGUGCUCGAAUCAUGGAAAGCACAGAAACCAAAUACUACGUGUUCUCGCGGAGGAGUUGGAAACAUGAUGGCUCGCAUGAGAAACCUCACAUAUUUAGGGGUAGCUGUAAUUGUAGUUUUCUUCAUGAUAGCAUUUAUGUCAGACUCGCUGAAUCUGAACAGCUUCCUUCAUCCUGCACCACGUGCUCCUCGCAUUGGAAAACCUUAUGCUCCAGUUGUUAAAGAUAUAAACAAAAACACUAUGGCUCCAGAUGACCCUACAGUUAUACAGGUUCUGCGUGAACGAUUUCUGAAUCCUCCAUCGAAAUUACCAUAUAAUUUGAGUCAUCCAGAAGAUGAAAAUCCUUCAAUGGGUCAAGCUCAGAGAAUUGAUUUUAUACUUAAAGGAAAGAAAAAAGGGUUCUACAUAGAGUGUGGUGCUCUUGAUGGAGAGGUUCGAUCCAAUACAUUGUUUUUUGAAAGACAGCGAGAUUGGCAAGGAUUAUUGAUUGAAGCAGAUCCAAAAAAUUAUCAGGAGUUGAUAUAUAAGCAUAGAAAGGCUUACAUAUCGCCAGCAUGUUUAUCUCCUACUUCAUAUCCAAGUUCAGUAAUGUUUGAGCAGCAAGAGAACCAAGGCCAUAUAGUUGGGAAACAGGAUAAUCCAUCUGGUGGCUCUGAGCUUGGUGCCAUCAUAGAGAUGCAGUGCUUUCCAUUAUAUUCAUACUUGGUUGCACUUAAUGUGACAACUGUUGAUUACUUCAGUCUCGAUGUUGAAGGUGCAGAAUUUAGCAUCCUGAAGACUAUUCCUUGGGACAAAGUUGACAUAAAGACUUUGUCAGUUGAGUUCAUCCAUGACCAUGAAGGGAAAGCAGCAAUUCAGGAGUACAUGACUGAUCUUGGGUAUUAUGUUCAUUCAGAGGUAACGCAUGUUAAUUGGCUGGCAAAUGACUUUAUUUUUGUGAAAAAAUGAGGUUAUCAACAGUUUUAGCUAAUUUUUAUGGUUAUUUUUGUGUAUAUAUAUAUAUUAUCACAAAUCUAUGUAUGUUAAUGAAAUAUUUAUAGGUGAUGUUAUUACUUCAAAAUACCAAUGAAUUUGAGAAAAGGGGAAUGUAGUGUCCUGUGAUUGUAUUAAAAUAUGUAUGACAUAAUAGAACUCGAAAUUUGCAUGAAUGAUGGUGUGAAUGACAUUAUUUUCAAGGGGGCGUCCGGCCAAUGCGUUUUUUUAAUGACAUGACUCUGACAUUCAUACAACUUAAAGAGGUAAAUUAGGACAUCACCAAACCCCAUAUCAUUUUUGCCGCUGACCUUCGGUUUUGUGACUCCAGUGUGAUUUAUCCUGAAAAUAAGUUUUUUUUUCAAAUUCUACCUCUUCCCUUGAUAAUUGAUAUCAAAACCUGGGAUGACUACCAUAUAUAGACCGUAAAUGAAAUGGAUUUUUUUUUCUAAAAGUACUUUUUUGUGUGUGGAAUUUUUUCAUUUUGGAUGUAAAAAAUUCUGCAAAAUAAGGAAAAAAAUUAAUAAAAAAUAGGAGAAUAAAAAGGGGCCUGAUUUGGUUGUUCUAUGUCUCCCCAAGUUAUAUAGUACCAAUUUUCAAUGCAAUAGCUAAAACUGAGGGAGGAGAUAGAAUUUGAAAGUUAAUAAGCAUAUUUUUGAGAUACAGGCAUUAGGUUUUUUUUUUUCUUUUUAUCCAAAGACAAUGUUAAUAACUUAGUUAUUUUUGCUUAUUUCUUUUUGUGUAUUAAAAAUAAAAAAUAUGUUGUUUAUUAUAAUUUAAUCAUGAAUGAAGAUCCCUUUGCUCAAUAUCUUUCGUCUUCAGGCUCCUGCCCCCCCGCCCAUUCCUGUAGCAGAGUAUUAUCUCCUUAUGAGAGGUUUCAUAGUUGCCCAAGCUACUCACUGUGGCCAGGUUUUAUUCUGAAAUGCUCCUGCUUUGUAUUCUUUUGAUUUUUCAGUUCUUUCUUCUUUACUAGGAAUUUCUUCAGUUUGGUUCAAAUCUAGUUCCUUUGCUUAUCUUGCAUUUUCACUCCAUUGCAACCCAUAAUUUCUUUAUUCAUAACAAUCCAUGUUUUGCCGAUGUUAUUUAGAUUGGCUUUGAUAAAGUAUGAUGUCUGAUGUCUUCAAUGAAGUGUUCAUAUCAAAUAACCUGUUUUUACUGCCAAGUGCACUUAUCCUUCUCCUUUUGCAUCAUGGUUAUGGUCACUUCUCUUUCAUCAUCUGAAGUUUUUAAUCUGUUGGGCAUUCAUUUGCCUACAUGGUUUUAUACAUUCAAUUUUGGUGACAUUUAUAGUUUCAUAAGGACCUGCACCAUUGUUCAUAGAUAUGAUAGUAUUGUACACACUCGAAGAUGGAAGUAUAUAUUGUACACACUCGAAUCUCCAUCUCCCACAAAUGUGACUUCUCUAAAUCCAAGAUUUUCAGAGGGUGAAAAAAAUUCUUAUAGCUCCUUCAGCCUCCAUUCCUGCUGAAGUUCCUUUAUAAUUUAUUUUGCAUUCAUGAUCAUGCAAAGUUGUCCAAACAUUGUAGUCCUCUUCUGUUAUUUGCUUGUUUUUCAGGGUUUGCAUGUACAAGUAUUUCAAAACUCAAUGAGGACUUGAAAGUAUAACAUAUCCUGUUUGUGUAUACUUCAACAAUGACUCCCAUUCCAACAUUUGACACAUGACAUCUCGUCAUUCACGUGCCAUUGUGCGACACGUCGAUAUUAAAGAUUCCAUUUUCAUGCGGAUGCAUAUUCAGCUCUGUGUAAUAUCUCAUUAUUUUGUCAUAUAUGACUUCCUGCUUUUCAUUGUGACUUCCUGCUUUUCCUCAUAAUGUUAAACCAGUUUUCUAUAAAUAUACUUCUAGUACCUCUUGAGCUUAUAAUUUCCCAUUGAUUUGAUUCCCAUUGCUGCUUGAAGACAUUUUAUUCCCGCAAAUCCAUAAUCUUCCAAAAUUGAAUGGUGAAUCAAGGCAGCAUUUUUUCUGAAUAUAUGGUGAACCAUUUUCUUUUAUUACUUCAUUUAGUGAGCAUUCCUAUGGAAACGAUGUUGCUUUCAGGCAUUAUUUGUGGCAACAUCUUUUUGCUUUUGUUUCAAAACCUUUAUUUAUAAAUUGAAUUUCAUAAUCCUUAUUACUUUUACAGCCAGGCAUCUGUUUUCCAUGAAUUUAUUGCAAUCGUUUUCUACAUAUGAGAACAAGUUGAUUAUAUUCCUCUUCAUCUAUAUUUUCACUGUUAUUACUGCUUUCCUCACUUUCCAACAAUGAGGUACUUACAGAAAUAAGAUUCCUGGGAGUGGAUGUACCACGAUUAGGGGUGGGGUCAGAUGAGGCUAUAGCCUCGGCCACACUAUCAGCCAAAGCAGGCACUUCUUCCUCCAUUGCAGCCUUCUCCCUCGUUCCCUCACUGAUAGCACCAAUAUCUGCGAUAUUAGGGUUCUUCUGAGACUUCUUACCAGCAACUUUCUUUUGUAGUGUGUUGAUGAGAUGUUUUCCCUGUUUUAUCCUCUUUGUCAAGUCAUGGAGCCUUAACAGUUGCCACUGUACACAUUUUGUUUGUUAUUACAAAUGUAAUACAGUGUUCCCCCAUAUUUGCAGGGGAUGCUUAAAAGUGACUAUUUUGUUUGUUAAAACUCAAGAAAAACCGACUGAAAAUGUUUAUACCUGAUUUUUUUAUAGUUUUCACAAGAAGUGCAUUUUAUGAAAUAAAAAAAAAAACCAGGAAUUUGUGGAUAUUUGUCUUAGAAAAAUACUGCGAAUAUGCAAAUUUCCUGCGAAUAAUGGGGGUACAUGUUCCAAAUAGCAAUCCGCGAAUGCAUGAGUCCAUGAAUACAGGAGGUUCAUUGUAAUAAUUAUAAUUUGUGGUACGAGAGGAAAUAUUGCAUUUUUUUUUUUCCCACCAUAUGUAGGCUAUCCGGACGCCCCUGUUAAUUUUAUUUGGAGGACUAGCAGGGAACUCAAAUUUGUACUCUGUUUUAAAUAGUGCUAUGAAUGUUGUAGCACUCGCUAUUAGGUUAUUGAAAUGAAGGUGUAAAGUACUAAAUUUUGUACUAAAAUUUGUUUGAUCAUAAUAAGAAAUUUUCACCAAAUUGACAUGACUUGGCUAGUUUGAAUUAAGAAAACUGUGUGUUGACGUGAGUAUGUUCUUCAUAUUCUUCUCUAGCAUGGGACCAUAGAUUACAUUGUUCUUGGAUAGACAAAGUAGUAUGUAUGCAAUAGUAGUUCUUAAUUUAACUUCAUUAGUUAGUUAGGUUGUGGUUUUAUGGGUUAGGAGUUUGGUAAUUAUUUGUAUUGUCAUGUUCUUGUUUUAUCUAAGCCAGUUAUAUUGUGCUGUUUCGUCACUGUUUGCUGAAAUUCUUCCUUUUAGAAAAUGUUGACGAUUCCUUAAACCAUAGCUAUGGUUGCUUCGUUGAAAUACAAAACAAAAUUCUAUUUUGGACAUAUAUUUGUCUGGAAGACUUUCUAACAAUACAGUAAGCAGUUGUUUUAUUUGGUUGUACAUUUUAUUGUAAACUACACAAGCCCUUUAGUGUAACACACUUCUGUUUUGUGCACCCUGUACUUUCAGUAACACUAAAUAUUUCCAAAAACCUUCGUCAAAAAUUUAAAAAAAGAAGCAGAGGUAUCUGUUUUUGGGGAUGUAGAUUGAUUUGAUUUCUGUAUCAGUAGUAACAUACUGUAGCUCAUGUCGAUCAUCAUUAAUAAGUCAAAAUUAGUGUUGUAGGAUAAUUUUCAUAUUGGAGCCACAAUGUCUAAUUUUCUUGCAAAAAGAGUAGUCAUCAAAUGACUGUUGAUAUAGCAUUUUAUUCUAGUUUUUGUAGUGCUUGGCACUCAGUUUUUCUUAGAGUAAGAUAGGUAACUGUAGUGGUAGGUUUUAGUGAAAUCUGUUUUCUUGCCAUGCCUUAUUGUAAUCAUUGCUUUGAUAAGCAAGUUAAGUAUUAAUGUAGCAUCUAGUCUUAGUAAAAAUUGUUGUAGAAUAGGUUCACUCUUCAUAAUUGAUAUAUACAUUUUUGUAUUCAUUAUUUAGGGAAGCAUUCCAAACUUUAUUCACAGUCAAUUGUUGUAUGAAAGGUAUGCAGCUGCUUAGGAUUUUAAUAAUGGCGAUCCAGGUAUGCAUUAAGUGCUGAUUUUCUUCGGUAUCUCAAAAUAAUUUUAUUGUAUAUUGUUAGAUGUAUCAUAGCAUGUAAGAAAUUAAUCUUUAUUUGUGCAAAAUCUUGGUCCCUUCAUAACUAGUUUCUUAACUAUAUAUGAACAAUUAAGUAAAAAUAAAUUAAAAUUAAUUUUUAAAAAUUAAAGUAUGUAAUUAGAAAUAAAAAAUGAACUAAUGGCCCAAAGUUAAAUAAAUAGAUAUUUACAAUUUUUCUCUCUUUUUGAUGACUAAUUUUUUUUAAAGUCCUGCAGGUAAUAGGCUCUGCCAUAAAUUGUAAAUAAGACUUCUACAGAGGAGUAUCAAAGAGAAAAGUAACAUUGUAAUAGUGUGCAGAGGGUUUUUCUCCCUUUUUCAUUACAUAAGUAAACUUUCAGUAUUUAUAUUUUCAAGUCUCUGGAUAUCCCUGGGAUACUACUAUCUGGUACACAUUCUUUGUAAUGUGUUCCUCGAAAUGCACUAGCUAUGAAUCUAUAUUUUGUGGUCAGAAAUUCAAAAUCUCCACAUUUUUUAUGCAUGUGCUCUGAUGUCUGUUGCAUAGAGUAGUGCAGGUCCUACACACACAAUCAUAUAUUUUUUGUCACUCAUACAUUUUCUCACCAAUUUGCUGUUUGUUUUCAACUGAUUCAAGGCUGUUGCUCUUUUAUAGAAGUUGUUGUUGUUGUUGUUGUUGUUUUUUUGUCAUAAUCAUCCUAUUCGACUGGUUGGUUUUUAUACUGUGAGAUUCCAGGUUGCAUCCUGCCUCCUUAGGAAUCCAUCACUUUUCGUACUAUGUAUGCUGUUCCUAGUAGCACACACUUCUGCAUGAGUCCAGGAGCUAUUAUGGCAUCUAGCUUUUCUAGAUUCCUUUUCAGGGAUCCUGUUAUUUUCCCUAGUGUUCCUAUGAUUAUGGUUACAAUGUCCACUGGCAUAACCCAUAUCCUUAUUCUAUUUUCUGGUCUUAGAUAUCAGUCCGUUUUUUCUUUCUUUCUCAUCUGCUCUGUCCCAUGGUAUUGCAACUUCAGUGAGUGAUGAUUUCUUCUUUAUUUUGUCAAUCAACAUCAUGUUUGGUCUAUUGGCAUGUUUCACCCUAUUUGUUCUGAUACCAUAUCCUAGAGGAUCUUUGCCUGAUCGUUUUCUAUUACCCCCUCUGGUGUGUAUGAGUAUACCACUUACUGCAAGCUAGCUGAUGUUUCUUGCACAGGUUCCUUCUGUUUCCUUCUGGAGUUCUCCCCUCUGUAGCCAUUGCUAUGUUUCAUCAUUGGCCAGUUGUUUAAUCUGUCUAGUACUGUAUGUGCAAUUGUUUGUUGUGCCAUUCCUCUGUUCUCUCAUUCUCCUGUCUGUAUAUUUUUGGGUCUUCAUCUACUUUUAUUAGUCCUUCUUCCCAUGCACUCCUUAGCCACUCAUCUUCACUGGUUUUCAGAUAUUUGCCCAGUGCUCUGCUCUCGAUGUGGAUGCAGUCCUCUGCUUAGCAGUCCUCUCCUUCCUUCCUUGCAUGUUAUGUAUAGUCUGUCUGUAUUUGCUCUUUGGUGUAGUGCUUUGUGUAUUGUUAUGUGUUUCAUAGUUUUCUGGUCUAUGCUGCGAAUUCAGCCUUCGUCAACUUCACUACUGCGCUGUACCUCAUUACUGGUAUUGCCCAUGUGUUUAUGGCUUUCGUCAUGUUUCCUGUUUCCAGUGUUGAGUUUUGACUUGAUCACUUUAAAUCUCUGCAGAUAUUCUUUCCUGUCCUUCAUUUCUUGGUGUUUUGUAUACUCUUCUAUUAUUCCCAGGUAUUUGCAUCCUGUCUCAUCUAUGUGUUUGAUCCUACAUGUCUGGUAUAUCUUAUCCCUUCAUUCUUGAUCACUGCAUUUUUAUAUCUUAACCAAGGUGCAUUUUAUUUUUUUUUUCUACCACAGUCAUCCUAUUCGACAGGGUGGUUUUUAUAGUUUGGGGUUCCAGGUUGCAUCCUGCCUCCUUAGGAGUCCAUCACUUUUCUUACAAAAACGGCACACUCUUCUGCCUGAGUCCUGGAAUUACUUCAGUAUCUAGUUUUUCUAGGUUCCUUUUCAGGGUUCUUGGGAUUGUGUUUAGUGUUCCUAUGAUUAUGCCUACAAUUUCCAUUAGCAUAUCCCAUAUCCUUCUUAUUUCUAUUUUCAGGUUUUGAUACUUUUCAAUUUUUUCCCUUUCUUUCUCAUCUACUCUGGUGUCCCAUGUCCCAUGAGUGAUACUUUCUUCUUGAGUUUGUCAAUUAACAUCAUGUCUGGUCUAUUGGCAUAUAUCACUCUAUCUGUUCUGAUACCAUAGUUCCCAAGGAUCUUUGCCUGAUAGUUUUCUCUUAAUUAUUAUU